GCAACAUGGCGGAGGCGGAAGGGGAGAGUCUGGAGUCCUGGCUCAAUAAAGCCACCAACCCGUCUAACAGGCAAGAAGAUUGGGAGUACAUCAUUGGGUUCUGUGACCAGAUCAACAAAGAACUUGAAGGUCCACAGAUAGCUGUGAGACUACUGGCUCAUAAAAUCCAGUCACCUCAGGAAUGGGAGGCAGUCCAGGCCUUGACAGUGCUGGAAGCUUGUAUGAAGAACUGUGGGAGAAGAUUUCAUAAUGAAGUAGGGAAGUUUCGGUUUUUAAACGAGUUAAUAAAAGUUGUGUCUCCAAAGUACCUGGGAGACAGAGUCUCAGAGAAGGUGAAAACCAAAGUUAUUGAGUUGCUGUACAGCUGGACAGUAGCACUGCCAGAGGAAUCCAAAAUCAAAGAUGCCUACUACAUGCUGAAGAGACAAGGUAUUGUUAUGUGUGACCCUGUAAUUCCAGUGGAUAGAACCCUGAUCCCCUCUCCACCACCUCGCCCCAAAAACCCUGUGUUUGAUGAUGAGGAGAAAUCCAAGCUUUUAGCCAAACUGUUAAAAAGCAAAAACCCAGAUGACUUACAAGAGGCGAACAAGCUUAUUAAAUCAAUGGUAAAAGAGGAUGAGGCUCGGAUCCAGAAGGUGACAAAACGCAUGCACACUCUAGAGGAAGUGAAUAACAACGUGAAGCUGCUGAAUGAGAUGCUGGUUCACUACAGCAAAGAGGACUCGUCAGAGGCUGAUAAGGAGCUCAUGAAGGAGCUCUACGAAAGGUGUGAAACCAAAAGACGGACGUUAUUCAAACUGGCCAGUGAAACAGAGGAUAACGACAGCAGUUUGGGGGAUAUUCUGCAGGCCAGUGACAAUUUAUCCCGGAUAAUAAAUUCCUAUAAAAAAAUAAUCGAGGGUCAAGUCAUCAAUGGUGAAGUGGAUAUCCCGACACUGUCUGCAACAGAAGGGAGCGAUCCCACCAGUAAUCUCAGUGCGCUCAUUGACCUUGCUGGCAUGGACGUCUCCAGCACCCCACCACCACCAAUGCCACUUGCAACACUAACGCCAGCACCAGCGCUAGUGCCGACACAAGCUUCAUCAGAAAUCCCCAUCCUCCCACCUCCUCCUCAAAAGUUUGGUCACUCACGGAGCCGGUCCUCCAGCCAAGUAGAAGCUCCUCUGACUCAUCAGAGCAGCACGGCUAAUUCCCUCUUCUUGCUGGAUGAGGAGCUGCUGUGUUUAGGCUUGAAUGACCCAGCCCCCAGUGCAGUGAAAGAGUCAAUUGAAAACAACCAGUGGAAUAUGUUCCAGAAUGACCAGAUGGACCUGGACUUCUUUAGUCCGAACCUGGUGACUGUCGCCUGCAAUACUGCAGUGAACCCUCUUCUUCAUCACACGUCACAGUCUGUGUGUGGAACAUCAGCGCCUCUGCCUUCCACUUUCACAGCCUCUCAGACUGUUUCUAAUAUCCCUGCACCUAAUACAGCCCCGUUCUUGUUCUCUGCUGUACCAGCAGCCCCUCUGGGCCCGCCGAAGGCUAUGCCAGCUACCCCCCGGUACCUCAGUUCAGCCAUGGGAGGCAGUGCUUUGCAUAAUAUGGAUGCACUGGGACAUCUUCUUGAAGAGGCCAAAGGGACUUCAGCCCAAGUGAAGUCAGCGCCCUCGGUAUUCCACCCUGGGGUUACCUUGCCAGCCACUGUCACCUCUGCCCCUUUAAUAUCCACCACAGGAUUGCCAGUUGCUGCUCCAGUGGCCUCUACUGUUCCUUUUCCAAGCAGCUGCACGGCUGGUUCAGGAAGCCCUCUCUACCAGCCAGCUUCAUUCCAACAGCAGGGCAGCCCUCUGAAAGGGCCUGACGCUUCUUUGGCCAAUGUCCAUGUUCCACUGGAAUCCAUUAAACCCAGCCGUGCUCUUCCUGUGACAGCCUACGACAAGAACGGGUUCAGGAUCCUCUUACACUUUGCCAAGGAGUGCCCACCGGGGCGGUCAGACGUGCUGGUUGUGGUGGUGUCCAUGUUAAACACAGCACCUCUUCCUGUGAAGAACAUUGUACUGCAGGCUGCAGUACCAAAGUCCAUGAAAGUGAAGUUGCAGCCACCCUCGGGUACAGAACUUUCUCCAUUCAACCCCAUCCAGGCACCCGCUGCCAUCACCCAAGUCAUGCUGCUGGCAAAUCCUGUGAAGGAGAAGGUGAGGCUGAGGUACAGACUGACUUUCACUUUGGGAGACCAGCCCAGCACAGAGGUUGGGGAAGUGGAUCAGUUUCCCCCAGUAGAUCAGUGGGGUAAUCUAUGACCCAGCGAGUCUGCCACAGUCUCCAUGACAGGACCAGGCAGGGAUCCCAAAGGGACUGGAAUGAAUGUGACGUGGAAGGGGCACACAUGCUAUCCACUGGUGAUGUUUAGCUUUGUUUACAUGUCCUGACCACUCCGCUUGUAGCUUUAGUCUGGAAUGUUUUACCUCGGGUUGAAGUGGGCCCGGGGCAUCUAUGCCAAGAAUGAACUGAGUGGCAGCCAGUGGGAGGCUUUGCUGGCUGCUUUAUCUUGGCCUCUGGGUGAAUCUGGUUCUAUCUUCCACUUUGUUAUUAAACUUGAAAUGAUGGUGUUCUGGAAGGGAGACCUAUAGCCAGAAGGGGAUUGGUCGGCUUCCUCCCUUGUUGUUGUCCAGAGAUGCCUACAGGCUGGUAGGGUCAUGAUGCCAUCCCGAGUUUCCUCGGUGCAGAGCCCUAAUGUCUGUGCCUGGCCUCAGGCUUUUGCCUCCUUGAUGCCAGAACUGAACCUUCUAGGCAUGCUGUGCAGUAACCACUGGCUCCAAGACGGGAGGGUUUUUUACAGUAAAAUAACACUUCACGCCCCCUCUGUUCUCCUCUCCACUGGGCAGCCUAAGCCAGUGCUGCCCAUUCAGACAGUAACUGCACAUUGUGUGACACUCUCUUUAGUUGCUUUCUUUUAUUUUAUACUCCCAGCUGCCUCUGCACUCUCUCUCUUCCAGGCAGCUCAUGCUAAUUUUUGUCCUCCCAUGCCUGUGCUGAGUAUUCUUCUGCCUUCAUCACAUUCCAUAGUAUGGGGGAGAGGAAAUGGGUGUAGCGAGGAGGUAAAACCAACAGGGCCAAAGGGCUCCAGUUGUCUUUGAGUGGACAGCACAGGUUACACUAAUAAAGGAUGGCAACUACAGUGCAGCAGCCUCAGUGCAACCACUAAUCAGGUGCAGAGGCUGGACCAGGGGUAAGGAGAAAAGCCUCUCAGUUCCCCUUCUGCAGGCAGUAUUAUUAGUAAAGUUGAAUACUGUGUUCUCUUGAAAAGACUAGGAAUACAAGAUGUAAAUAGUAGAGCUAUAGGACAUUGAAUUAUAAGUGAGCAGAUUGAUGAAAGUAAGGCAGAAUCCAUUUGGCUGUGAUGGUGCACUGCUGGGUUUAGAACCCUGUUUUAUUUGUUCCCAGUAUUAAGUGGCUAAGUGCAAUUCUCUCCACAAGGGGAAAACGAACUGUAUUUUAAAUUGUGGGGCUCACG